CUCGGGUAGAUAUGUAGCCAGAUUUAGGAACCAACAGGAACGGCGAUACAGAUUGAUCGGUGGUAAUUAAUACUUUAAGAACGGGAGUCUACAGUUACUUUAUGUGAAAUCGGAGCUGUAGUAAGAUGUGUGUUACCACAGGUCGUUCUUCAAUCGGAGGCUUGGUCGUCUAAUCGUUUUAUUCCUUUUAAACUAAUAUAAUCCUGUGUAAAAAAAAAAUGGCAGCCUUAAUAGAAGCUACUAAACAAAAUAGCUUUGAAGAAAUAUUAAAUCUUUUAAAUGGAGGAAUAAAUGUGAACUACCAAGAUGAAUGUGGGAAAAGUGCGUUAAUGUACGCUGCUCAAAUCGGCCAUAUAGAAAUUGUAACAGUACUAUUAGAACAUGAUGCAAGUUAUACUGAUGUUGAUAAUACCCGAUAUAAUGCUUUAUUACACGCUGCAUGGAAAGGUCAAACAGAAGUUGUAAAAAUUCUCAUUGCGAAAGGCGCUGAUAUAAAUAGUAUCAAUACUUUCACAAGAAAUGCAUUGAUGGAGGCUUCUUUAAUGGGACAUAUAGAAACUGUUUGUUUUUUGCUAACAAAAGAUUCAAAUAUCAAACAAAGAGAUAGUUUUGGCAAUUCUGCGUUGUUGCUAGCUAGUCAAGCUGGGCAUCUAGAUGUUGUUAUAUUACUGCUGGAUGGUAAAGCCAGUAUCAGUGAUGUCAAUUAUGAAGGGUAUAACGCUUUACUUCUAGCUGCACAGGGUGGGCACACAUCUGUCGUCAAAUUUCUCAUUGAGAAAAACAUUGAUAUAAAUUGUACAAACUACUCAAAAAGAAAUGCUUUAAUGGAAGCUUGCUUAAAGGGACAUACUAAAACAGUCCAAUUUUUAUUAACAAAGCAAUUCAAUAUCAAAGAGGCAGAUACUGAUGGAAAUACUGCGUUACUGCUAGCUUGUAAAGCUGGGAACAACAGAACGGUAAAGUUACUUUUGCAAUAUAAAGCAAGCCUCAUGGACUUGAAUAAACAGGGAAAUAACGCUUUGCUAGUGGCUGCAAACAGUGGGCACACAGAAAUUGUUAAAUUUAUUCUACUGAAAAACGAUGAUAUUAAUUAUAUUAACACAUAUCACAGAAAUGCACUAAUGGAAGCUAGUUUUAUGGGACAUAGAGAAUCUGUUUGUUUUUUACUAACAAGAAAUUUUAACAUUAGUCAAAGAGAUGACGACGGGAAUAAUGCAUUACUACUUGCCUGUUCACAUGGUCAUCUCAGUAUUGUUGAAUUGUUGCUGCAACACGGAGCAAGUCUGACUGAUAAAAACAACAAUGGAUAUAACGCUUUGCUACUUUCUGCAUACAAUGGUUACACAGACAUUGCGCGCUUUCUUAUAGAGAACAAAGCUGAUAUUAAAUGUACUACCACAUUUCAGUACAAUGCCUUAAUGUUAGCGUGCUGGAGGGGUAAUACAGAAACGGUUAAACUUUUGCUUUCUCAAGAUUUUAAUAUCCAACAAAGUGACACACAUGGGUAUAACGCGUUAUCGCUUGCUUGUUACACUGGAAGUCUCAGCAUUGUUGAGCUAAUUUUGCAACAUAAAGCGAGUCUUGUGAAUGUAAAUAUGGCUUUAUUGGAAGCUGCAAGACAAGGGCAUACAGAAGUUGUUAAAUUUCUUAUAAACAAAAAUGCUGAUGUUAAAAAUAACGAUUCAUGUCAAAGAAACCCUUUAAUGGUAGCUUGUUUAAACGGUCGUACUGAAACGAUUACAUUCCUGCUAACUCAGGACUGUAAUAUUCAACAGAGAGAUAAUGAAGGAAAUAGUGCGCUAUUGCUUGCUUGUUCAGGAGGACACCUCAGAACCGUUCAACUGCUUCUACAACGUAGAGUAAGUCUUACUGAUGUAAACCAGAAUGGUGAUAACGCUUUACUUAUAUCAGCAAAAAGAGGUUACACACAACUUGUACGAUUUCUAAUUGAGAAAGGCUUGGAUCAAAACAGUGUUAAUCUGCUCCAACAAAAUGCAUUGAUGCUAGCCUGUUUGAAUGGGCAUACAGCAACUGUUCGAAUUUUACUCAGAAAUAAUAUUAAUUUCCAACAAAAAGAUUCAAAUGGAAAUACUGCUUUAUUACUGGCUGUUCAGGCUGGAAAUUUAGAUAAUGUGGAAUUACUUUUAGAAAAUAAAGCCAGUCUAACUGAUGUAAAUAAUGAUGGCUAUAACGCUUUAUCGAUUGCUGCACAGAAAGGUCACACAGAAAUUGUAACAUUUCUUAUGAACAAAAACAAUGAUAUAUAUAGCUUAAACAAAUUUAAAAGGAAUGCGUUAAUGGAAGCUUGCUAUAUGGGACACACGGAAACUGUUCAAGUUUUACUAAAACAUGUUUUUAACAUCACACAAACAGAUGGUGAAGGAAAAUCUGCUUUCAAUUUAGCUGUUGGAAGAAAUAUGAAUUCCAGUAUGGAAUUUGCUAAACUAAAUGAUGUUUAUCGACUGAAUAAUUUUAAUAAUCUUGACAUUUGUUUUAUUUUAAUGUUUUUCGAAGUGCUAUCAAAUGGAAAAUGGCCAAUAGAAAUGACAACUUUGGACUCCAAAACAGUUAAAUUAAACAAGAUAUUAAGAUUUAUUAAAGAUACAGAAAUGAGUUUAGCAUUGCCAAAUGAAUUAUUACAAAAUGAGAUAGCAUCUGCCGUGGACAUACUUGACAGAGGAAAUGGUUUUAAUACUUUUGAGUUUUACGUGUAUCAAAAAUUCUUUGAAAGAGUGUAUAAUAUAAUGCUGACAAAAUCAACAAAAGAAAACUCAGACUUUGGAAAUUAUAUUACAAUCUUAAAAUAUACAGAAUUCACAAUUCGUCCAAUGAGAGAGAACAACCUCCUUGACAUUGAUGCACCAGUUUUUAUAAACGUCAUUCUACAAACCUUGACAAUGUUUAGUAAUUUUAGCAAGAAAUUAGCAGAAUCAAUGGUGCAACAUGGUAUAUUUGGAGUUCUUAUCAAGCGUUUACGGUAUAUCAAGGUGCAAAGUUUAAGCAAGGAAUGGACACAAUUUACGUAUUUAUCAGCUUGCAUUAUCUUAAACUGUAUCUUGAUUGUGGAGAAUAUUGAUGAUAUUCAAAAAAAAGAACUAAUAACGGUUUUUAAAACGUUUGUUGAAAUCAACGAUAUAAAUUCAACCACGUGCACAAAACUGUUAAUACUGUGUUUGGAAGGCACUGGUCAAUUGCUAUAUCCCAGUAAAGGUGUAGUUCAAACUUUAGCUCAAUGGAUACUGCAGGGGAAUAAAAACGUCAACAGGUCAUUCAACAACCUGUCUAUCACAACUUUAUUAAAAUGCCUUAGAGUGAUUUGCUUAAGAUCUGUAAUGGUUUAUGAGAUCCUAGAUGCUGAUAUCUUAAACUGUUUGAACACAGUAAUGCAUUUUAACGACACCUCAGAACUAGAAGCUGCUGUUGAUUGUUUAUUAGCUAUUGCCGAAAAAAUGCCAGGAAAUUACCAUAUUUCACAACACGAAGGAAUCAUGACAUUGCUUACAACGUUGCAACAAACUAAUGAAACUUCAACGCGGAAGAAAGCGGUUUCUGUCCUAUGGCUCGUAAAACACGAUGCUAUAAUCUUAAAUGAUUUUAUUGAAAUCACUGCUCCCGGUUUUCCCGAACAAUGGAAGAAAUCAAAACGUUUAGGAAAUGGCAAUUUUGGAGGUGUUCAUCUUUUACAAGACACAAAAGACGAGCAUAGUAAAAAAUAUGUGAUGAAGGAAAUCGGAAUAAAUUCUGAUGACACUGACACUAUUUUUCAGAAAAAUUCAGAAUUGGCAGUUUUGAUGAAAACAAAUCAUAGUAAAUUAGUACAGUUCUUUGGAUUCAAAUUAAAAAGUACAAAGAUAAUUCUGUUCUUCGAAUACAUGUGUUUGGGUUCAUUGAGAUCGUAUGUAAAGAAUAAAGGUAAUCUACAGGAAACUAAAAUCAAGAUGUUUUCAUACCAAAUUCUUUUAGGGCUAAACUAUUUACAUAGAUUUAACCCGCCAAUAAUACAUAGGGAUAUAAAAGGAGACAAUAUUUUACUUGAAGAUGAAGACAGUGUAAAGAUUGCUGAUUUUGGUCUUUCAAAGCUGGUCACUGAAUCAAGUUAUCCAAACUCAAUUAUGGGCACAGCAAAGUGGAUGGCUCCAGAAAUGUUGGACUCAGGCGAAGAUACAACAUAUAAUUGUAAAGCCGAUUUAUGGAGUUUUGCUUGCACAGUUGUGGAAAUGGCAACAACAGAACCUCCUUGGCCUAAACACAAUCCUAAACAACACAUGCUUCAACUUGCCAAAUGCGCUAAACCUGUCUACGACCUCCCCGUUGAUUCAUCACAAGAGCUGAAAAUGUUUUUGGAAAAAAUGUUUCAGAAUGAUCCCAAACAAAGGCCAUCAGCCGCAGAACUUUUUGAUGACCCGUUUCUGGAGAAUAUUUAUUAACAUACAACAGAUAAAUUAACAUAAUUCAGUGAUUUUUCACGCCUGUAUUCAAUGUAUUUAACGGUUAAUUAAAAUGCAAAUUACUUCAAGAUUUUUAGAUGUUAUUAAUUAAAAUUGCUUCAUUGUAUGCUUGUUUUAAUCAUAAUUAUUUACAAUUUUUCCUAAUAUGUAUAAAAAGUAAAAAUGAAUUAUGCCUAUAUAUUGUGCAUUUAUAUCCUGUGAGAUGACAGGAAUAUUUGGCUGCAAUACUAGUUCACAUGGACGCUAAAUGUUGGCAAGUAUUAAUUAUAUAUCCCCACAACUGUUGAAUAGAUAAUAACACGCAUUGAAAUAUUUCUUAGCCUUGUAGCAAAUGGAAGUUCGCUAACGUCAGCGUUUAAUUAAAAUAUCAUUUUAAAUUAUAUACAUAAGUAUAUAUAUAU